AUGGUACCCUCGACAGCACGCAGUGUAUCCUUUGCGGUGUGUUUGGUCCUGAUCGCAACGCUAGUGAACAGUGCGCCACAGAAGAAGUUCCCCUUCACAAAGCCACGUUUGGCCGUCCCGGAACCGGAAGAACGGCCAAGCGCGGAAGUAGCGCCCACCUCCGAAGAAGCUGCAUCACAGGAAGCUAGCGAAGAAUCGUUGGAGAAGAUACAAGCGAAAUCGGCCCAGUACUCGUACGAUACCUCCGUGAACGAUACGAUCAACGAUCAUGCGAUUAUGCGCCAGGAGGAACGGAACGGACUGUCGCUGAAGGGCAUGUACUCGUACAGUGACGGGUUCUUCAAGCGCACCGUGCAUUACGAGGCCGACGAUAAGGGUUACCGUGUGGUGAAGGAGAUUAACAUCCCGAUCGGUAAUGGGCCGCAGGUCGAUCCGAAUGGUAAGGCUGACGUAUCAUCUUCGCUGACCGGUUCGUACUCGAUCACCGCCGAUGACAUUGCCAAGCCGAAGCGCAAAGGAGUGUCGGCAUCGGAGGAAGAGGCGGCCGCAGCAACAUCGUCGGAGGAAGAACAGCCGGAAGAAGAUCCAGUAGAAUCGGAGGAAGACGAAGGACAGAAGUGAAGGGGGAAGUAGUUACUGCGCUGUUAUUACCUGUAUUCGGUCCGGUUGGUGUCAUGCAAUAAACAAGCACGUGUUAUUUAUGAAC